AUGCUGCCCGCCCGCGAACCGCAGGUGGCGGCGGUCCCCGCCGUCCCCUACAGCUACUGCAGCCGGCCCCGCGCCCUGCCCGCCCGCCCGAAGUACCGAGCGCCGCCGGACGCUGCCGAGCCAGAGAAAGAGCCCGUUCGUUACACCAACCUCAUGUAUGACAGGAGAGUGGUGCGUGGCAACACUUACGCCCUUCAAGUCAUACCUUUCUGUAUAUACCAACCCAAUCCCCUUGAGAUUCAAAGGCAGAGGGAAGCACGGAAAAGAGCACUGGCUAGAAAGCGCGCAAAAGAGCAAAUGCAACCAAGAACACCUGAGCCUGUGGAAGGCAGAGAGCAUAUUCAUGUGCAGACAGAACUGUAUUUGGAAGAGAUUAGUGACCGGAUAAUAGAGGUUGAUACAGAGUGUCAAACAGAUGCAUUUUUGGACAGACCACCCACUCCACUCUUCAUACCAGCUAAAACGGGAAAAGAUGUGGCCACGCAAAUAGAAGAAGGAGAGUUGUUUGAAUUUGACAUUGAAGUCAAGCCAAUCCUAGAAGUGUUGAUUGGGAAAACGGUUGAGCAAGCUUUGCUGGAAGUCAUGGAGGAAGAAGAGCUGGCCCAACUGUGGGCACAUCAGCGUGCCUACGCAGAGCUGCGUAAUGCAGAGCUUGCUGAAGUACAGCGCAUGGAAGAGCAGGACAGGCGAUACAGAGAGGAGAAGGAACGUCGCAGACUCCAGCACAUGCAAAUGCUGCAGAAACAGAAAGAGACCACAGAGAAAAUUGCAGCUCGGGCAUUUGCUCAGCAUUACCUGGCUGAUCUCAUUCCCUCGGUCUUCAACAAUCUUCGUGAGAGUGGCUUUUUUUAUGACCCUAUAGAAAGAGAUAUUGAGACAGAAUUCCUUCCAUGGCUGAUGACAGAAGUGGAAGAAACACUAGAGAGGAAGGUUCUGGGGAGGACAAUGCUUGACUCCUUGAUUUGUACAGUGGUUGAAAAACGCUUAGAUGCAUUUAGCCAUAAACCUCUGUCUGAUCAGAGAAAGGCACCUACUGAAGAGCACAGGCCAACAGAUGCAGCUCCCCAGGUGGCCAGUGAGACAGACACUGCUGACCACUCGGUCGCAGAGAAAGAAGAGACUGACCAACCUGUUGCUGAGGAACAGCCUUCACGUCACAUCUCUUUCCAGUUAGAAGAAUCAGAUCAAGCAGGAACAGAAGAUUUGGCAACGGAGUAA